AUGCAGCGAUCGUUUGUCUGUCGAAAGCUGGCGACAGCUGUGACGGCGCUCUGCGCAGUUGUAGCUAACACCAAUGCUGCACCCAGGAGCGUUGCAAACCCCUUAGCGACCGAGGAUCAACGAGCUCUCGACACCCUUGCGAUUGAGAUCAACAAUGAUCACAGCUUCCCGGUGUUAAAGGCCUCGGCCAAGGCCGCCUACAAGACGGCACAUGGUCUCCCGGUCAGCGACGAGGCCUCUUCCAGCCUGGACGCGGCCAUCGAUGAACUCGCCUUUAGCGCCAUCCAAAAGGCGGUUAACAACGAUCCGUAUUACCCAAAAGUCUAUGUCGUCGACGCAGGCCCACGGGAAUGGUUUGGCCUCGACGUUCCUGGCGGGCGAUAUUCGUACGAUAAUCCGGACUGUAUAUAUCGGACGAUUCCGAUAGACAGCAGCUUGAGCUACAUUGUGACGGGCAAGCGAUUCACACCGGGGCCGACCGACGUGACCUUUUCUCUCAUCAACAAUCCGAAUUCGCAGAAUACGGUGGCAUACUUGGCCGGGGAGGAUCUGGUCCUCGCCAGCGACAAUUCAUACAGCAUUACCAUCAACAGCUCCUCUGUUGAGGGGGCCACAAACCACAUCCAGUCGACCUCGGAAGCGACCCAGCUCCUGAUUCGCAAUAAUCUCGGCGACUGGCAGACUGAAACCCCUGACGAGAUCUCCGUCAUACUAGUUGACGAUGCAUCGGACCACGACCCUAUUAGCAAGACCCAAAUCGUCCUUGACGCCACCUCGAAUUUGGGACAAUCCAUCGUGACCUACGGCGUGGGCGCCCUGGGCCUAAAGACAUCCAUCAACCCGGUCAACACACUCUCCGACCCAAGCCAAUCUAGCAGCCUGGGAACCCUCACAAGCCAGGCUAGUUCGUUCGGGCACUUUAAGCUCGCUGUCGACGAAGCCCUAGUCGUUACGGUGAAUCCAGGCGCAGCUAGCUAUUUCGUCGUGCCUGUCACAAACCCCUGGAUGGUGACCGUGGACCCGGCAAGCCAAAUCAGUUUGAAUAGUGUACAAGGGGAAGCCAACGCCGACGGGACGUACACGUUCGUGGUAUCGCUGCAGGAUCCGGACGUUUAUAACUGGAUCAAUACCACCGGGCUCACCGAAGGCACGAUCAUGGCGCGCUGGCAGGGGCUGCCGACCGAGUCAGAGUCGUCUUCCACGAGCGAUGUUGCUGUUGAUACCCAGGUGGUUUCUCUGUCUGAGCUGGCGUCUGUUUUGCCCAGCGGGACUCGCUAUGUGACACCGAGUGAGCGGGCGGUUCAGCUUAAGCAGCGUGCGGCAGGGUAUGCUAGGCGGCUACAAGUUUAG